AUGUCAGACGUAGAUUUAAAAUCCGUGGAAGCUAGAACUCUGAAAGCUGAAAAAGAAGCUAAGUUAAUAGAAGAAGAACUCGAAAAACUAGCCAGAGGGGAUCUCAGUUUCGUUUCAGAUCCACAAUUAGACAAAUUACUGUCUGAAAAUGAGAAACUAAAGCAUCGUUUAGCUAUCUUAGAGAACGCAAUUAAAGCAGAAAGCUCAAAAGGUGUAUCAAAGCCGAAGAAACGUCCAACUCUAAUAACAGACAUUAUGUCCAUUGAAGGUACAAUUUGUGUUAUGGAUGAACUAAAGAAUAUUUUUGCCAUUGCUAUUGAACUGGCAUACCCCGAUUUGGAUGAUCCACCAGUGGUUAUAACCCUCUCAGGUAAUAAUCCAAAAUUUGGUGACUAUCAAUGCAAUUCAGCUAUGCCAAUAUCUCAGCUUUUAAAGGCGAAAAAUGUUAAAACGAACCCACGGGAAGUUGCUAAUAAUAUAUUAAAUAAGACACCAUCAUCACCUUUGGUUGAUAAAGUGGAAGUAGCUGGCGCUGGAUUCUUGAAUAUUUAUUUGAAUAGAACCUUUGCAGAACAUGUUCUUAACUGUAUACUGAGAUUUGGAGUCAAACCUCCACCUGUAAAACGCAACAGGAUUGUAGUAGACUUCUCAUCACCAAACAUUGCUAAGGAAAUGCAUGUUGGACACUUGCGAUCAACCAUUAUUGGUGACAGUAUUUGCAGAGUUUUAGAAUUUUUAAAUCAUGAUGUUCUUAGGAUUAACCAUCUUGGAGACUGGGGUACUCAAUUUGGUAUGCUCAUAGCCCAUUUACAGGAAAAAUUUCCCAAUUACAAAACCCACUCACCACCUAUCUCUGACUUACAAGCCUUCUACAAAGAGUCUAAGACAAGAUUCGACGAAGAUGAAGAAUUUAAGAAGCGAGCAUAUUUAUGUGUUGUUGAAUUACAGUCAGGCAACCCUGACUAUACAGCAGCAUGGAAACUCAUUUGUGAAGUGUCUCGGCAAGAGUUCCAAAAAGUUUAUGACCGGCUUGAUAUUAAGAUAAUCGAUAGAGGUGAGUCAUUCUAUCAGAGCAGGAUGGAUGCAGUUGUUAAAGAAUUAAAAGAAAAAGGAUUGCUGGAGGAAGACGAAGGCAGGCUUAUUAUGUGGGGUAGUGCAGAAAGAACUGGUAUUCCAUUGACAAUCGUAAAAUCAGGUGGUGGGUACACAUAUGACACUUCUGAUAUGGCUACUAUAAAACAGCGAGUGGAGGAGGAAAAAUGUGGAAGAUUCAUUUAUGUCACAGAUGUUGGGCAAUACACCCACUUUGCAACCAUAGACAUGUGUGCUAGAAGGGCUGGAAUUCUCAAGAAUGGUCUAAAGAUGGAACAUGUAGGCUUUGGUGUUGUACUGGGAGAAGACAAGAAAAAGUUUAAAACUCGGUCUGGUGAUACAAUUAAACUUAUUGAUCUCAUGGAUGAAGGUUUAAGAAGGGCAUUGGAUAAGUUGGUUGAAAAAGGAAGGGAUAAAGUACUUACUCCAGAAGAACUGAAAUUGGCCCAAGAAGCAGUUGCAUAUGGCUGCAUCAAGUAUGCAGAUCUGUCUCACAAUAGGAUAAAUGAUUACAUCUUUUCCUUUGACAAAAUGUUAGAUGAUAAAGGCAACACUGCUGUUUACCUUUUAUAUGCUCUGACCAGGAUCCAGUCAAUCUCUCGAACAGCACAGGUAUCUCUAGAUGCCUUACUAAAGGAAGCAGGCAAAACCAGUAUAAAGCUCACUCAUGAAUCUGAAUGGAAAUUGGGUAAAGUCUUAUUGAGAUUCCCUGACGUGAUCUUAAAAGUGACAGGUGACCUAUUUCUUCAUAGCUUAUGUGAAUACUUGUAUGAAAUCUCAUCUACAUUUACAGAGUUCUAUGACAAAUGUUACUGUGUUGAAAAAGAUAAGGGUGGUAACAUUGUUAAAAUAUUUUAUGAAAGAUUAAUGCUGUGCGAAGUCACAGCUCGAGUUAUGACCAAAUGUUUUGAAAUCUUAGGAAUCAAAACUGUGUCGAAGAUGUAA